AUGGGUCACCCGCAUCCGCCUGUGACUCGCGGCCUCAAGCAUGCGGUUUCCAACCUGAAGGAGGCGGGCGUCAAAGUGGUGGAUCUUGAGCCGUACGAACACAAAAGAGGGAUGGAAAUCCUCAAGGCGCUCUACUUCCCAGACGCGGCGCAAUGUCAGAAAGAUCUCCUUACAAAGGGCGGCGAGCCGGUAGCACCAUUGACCCAAUGGGCCUUCAGCAUAGCAAGACCGGAGCCGAUCAGCGUCACCGACAAUCGGGAGCUGAACGACCAACAAGAAGAAUACAGAGAGCAGGGUAGUUAUCAUCGCGUCAUGAAAGACCGCUGUGUCGAUUUCAUCCUUUGCCCGGCAUAUAUUGGGGUGGCAGCCGAGCUCGCCACAGCACAAUACUGGCCGUACACGGCCAUCUGGAACAUUCUCGACCAGCCCGCCGUUGCCUUUCCCACCGGGUUGAAGGUGGAUGCCAAGCUCGACGUGGUCGAGGCCGACUACAAGCCACGGUCGGCAGAGGAUGAGCGCGAAUACAAGAAAUGUUAG